AUGUCCGACGUUACAGCUGAACCGACCAUCCCCAAACAUCCCUUUGACGAUGCGGACGCCGACAUCAUCAUUCGUUCAUCUGAUGGCGUCGACUUUCGUGUGUACAAAGUUGUUCUUUCCAAGGCGUCCCCCGUCUUCAAGGACAUGUUCACAUUACCUGCGGAAAAGCCUGCGCAGAUCUCUCAGCUCAGUAUCCCAGUAGUUUCUGUCACAGAGGACAGUCGAACACUGGAGAAUCUGCUACGGAUGUGUUAUCCCGUUGCCCAGCCGGUUUUGACGCGGCUGGAGGAUGUGCAUGCAGUCCUGGACGCAGCCAAGAAGUACAUGAUGGAUCAGCUGGUGCAGGGAUUGAAGGAUGCACUCAUGGCCUUUGCGACGAAGGAGCCCUUCCGGGUGCUCUGCGUUGCGUAUUCCUUCAGAUUCGAAGAUGAGACGCGUCUCGCUGCCAAGGGCACUCUACAACUCUUCAUGCGACCCUUGCUACCCAAGCCUACUGAGCUAUGCCUCAUUCCCUCCACUGUACUGUAUAACCUUAUGCAGUAUCAUGACAGAUGUACGGAGGCUGCACUCGGUGUCUUCACCGACCUCGGGUGGGUCCUGACCGAUAAACGGGGUCGGCGUAUACUUAAACGCAACCGCCUGCAACUGGAGCCAUCAUCAGCGUGGAUCUGGUUCUGGUGUAGAGAAUGUACACCAUAUCCGCACGACAUUCCCGUAGUGCUACGGGAGAUGCGUGAAACGUUCACCUGCAGAAGUUGGUGGAUGGAUUACGUCCAACGAGUCAAAGAUCAAGUCGCAGCCCGACCGAUUGGAUCACUUGCCUUGGACAUGGAAUCGAUGCAGCCGUCCGUGUGUAGAGCGGGAAGCUGCACCGAAUGUGGUCCUAAAUCAUUUCAGCAACUGCUCGAGUUCAGUAAGCAUCUGGCUAAAAGAAUAGACUCAGCGACAGCCGCCGUUAAGCUCGACAUUCAGUGGUGA